GCCUUUCCAGCUGGAGAAAAGCUUUAGAGUUCGCCUGUGUUGGCACAAAAGAUGGAGAAGAUCGAGCGCAACCUGAUGUAUUGGCUGGCGCUGGAGGCAGCCCAGUGGACCUACGACCAGGAUGCCGAAGAAAAUCCCACCUGGUCUUUGGAUUGUCGUAACGGUUGCAUCUACACAGCCAAGGCAACACUACGAGUGAGAGAGGACGAGUUCAGCAGCUUUGAUGUCCACUUGUCAGGUGGAGCGCUGGCUCAAGCGAUGAAGAUCUACGUCUUGGCGUUCCGCGGGACAGUCGAUUUGAACGAUUGGAUCAAGAAUCUGGGAGCCGCCGUCAACUGGAGCCCCUUUGCAGACAUACUGCUUGGAGUUCAUUCCGGGUGGCAUGCCGCAGUGUCAGAUCAAAGCCUCCAUCGCAAGCUCAAAGAGGCCCUGGCAGGGCUGGAUCAUGACAAGAUUCUACUUCUUGGCCAUUCGCUUGGGGGGGCUUUGGUGCAAAUUGCCAUGGCCUUCAUGUGGCUGGAGGCCACGAAUAGGGAGAGCCCACUUUACAACAAUGAACUCAUGAAGAAUGCUCGUGGCAUCCUCUUUGGGAGUCCGGCACCUUUUGUGCAGAAAGAGCGUGGCACUGUCGGCCAACGGGGGCACAAUCGUGAAGCCAGAGCCUGGAUGCAGGAGCAUUGUGUGAAUUUCGUUAACAACAAUGAUGUGGUUCCCAGGCUUCCGUUCAACCUGGACUUCGCCCCUUUGGGGUGCUUGAGGUCAUUUGGGUCGGCAAUGGGGCUGACUCUGCCAGAGAAUGUAAAAUCGCAAUUGAACGAUUACGAGCACCUUUGCUCCCACAUCCUGCUGAAGCCUGGAGAGGUAGAUUUCAUCCAAUGUAAGCCAUGUCAGCCACAUGCGCUGGCAGAAAGGAUGGAGAGCGAUGAUGAUGGGAAAGGGACAGGGAGCAUUGAGGACCAUGGCAUGCCCAAAUACAGGGGCCAGAUGCUGGAAAAGCUGGGAGAAGUCCUGGGUGAUGACUCCAUGCCCCUGCUUCAAUUCUUGACCUAUCAAGUGAGAGCAGGCGCGCCAGAUAUUAAUCGGAGCUUGUGCGCCUUUCAGGAUUCUUUGUCACAUUCUCCGCAGGAUCUCAAGGAGAAGAUUGUGGGAUCCGUUGGCACAAUCUUGCAAGGACUGCACAAGGCUUCAACACGCCUCCAGACCUUGCAGAAAGAUCUCUCCCAGAUGAAGGAGAAGUCGCUCGAGGUUCAACAUUUCCGUAAAAAGCUCAGCAAUCACUUGGAUUGCAUCACUUCCCAGAUCGCGACGGCUAACAAUCACAUUCAGUACGGUAACUGGCCUGCUUUUGGGCAAGCAAUGACAGAACUUGAGUGCACCUUGAACAAUACAGAAGCCUUGGAUCUUGCUCUGAAGAAAGUCCGUGAGGCCGGCCACAUUUCCCAGCAAUCAAGUUGUGGGAAUCUUCUAGAUUCUAUGCGCAGUUUGGAAAAAAUCAACACUGACAUGUUCACUGUGGCGACGAAAGUGGCGGAAUUUGUGAGCAGCUGUGUGCAGCUUGGCAUGGACAACCAGAGCAUUUGCAUUCUACUGGGCGUAGUUAGCGCGGUUGGUGCCACUGCUACGGGAGUUUUUUGUGCCAGCUCGGCAGCUGGUCUGACUUUGGGGGGCUUGGUGAUCUCCAAAGUGGUUUUUCAAGGUGUGUGCAUUGCAUGCAUGACCCAAAGUGGCCUUUGUACUCUGAUGGUGGCUACUAAGCAUCUUGGACACCUGACCGUUCCAGCUGUAGAAUCAGCAGUCCGCUUGGCUUUGUGGCUGGCCAAGCACUUUGGACACCGGCAGUGGCCCAUUGCAGUGCUCCUCCAUUCAAUUGCUGCCAUAGUCUCACUGAGGGGCGAGGCAGGUUUUGAGGUGUUCAAGGCCGCCCUCCUCAAGCUCUAUGUGGAUGUGGGCCAAUGGCUGGACUGGCUCCAAAAGGACCUCGAGCACCUCAAAGAGUACAUGGGCUUCGUGGAGAAGAAGUUGAAAGACGCAGAAGGGAACUUGGAAAGCAUCGAAGGCGAGUUGACGGUAAUGCAUGGCAAGGUUCAGGAGAUCCUCAGCCUGGUUCAGUUCGUCACGGGCGACACGAGCAGUCCUGAAGUUAUCGAGCUCAAAAAGAAAGAAUGCAGAGAAUUGUUUGGGGAAAUGCGGAAACGGGCUGAAUGGAUGGACAAGACGAGGGAACCGGUUGAAGGGAUGGACGGGCUGAAGCUCGAUCUUGCAGCUGUGUUGGACAUCGACCCCGCACUUGGCCAAGAUGCCUCCCACACUUUGCAGCAACUUGAGAAUUUGCGCAAUAUUGGCCAAUUGACUGAUUCUCUUCCCACAAGCGGAUGAUUCAGGUGGCCGGAAUCUUUGUGUUGCUUCAGACGGAUGUAGCCACGAGAAGUUAGUGGCAGCUUUCGAUGUUCCGGCAACAGGCAUGAGUGAUUUCCAAGGCCAA